UUUUUAGCUUGUUUUUAAAACGAAUGUUAGUCUAAAUAAGUCCAGUUGCGCCGCUCUGUGAGGAGUUAAUUAACAUGUGCACAAAAUAUGAACUUUAUGUUCACUUAAACGGACAUUUCACUUAAAUGAAUUUCUGCCAAACUCCAUACAUAAACCCGUGUUACCGUGGAAAUGGCGAUGGUCACGUUACCAUGGCUACCGAACACGGUGACGGCUCUGGCGUUACUGCGACUAUUAUGAUUAUGUUACUACGAUUGCUGAGCUUACGGCGUUGCCUAUAUUAGUACUACGGGGUGGAUUGUUGGUCAUGUUUCCAUGGUCACGGCGUUAGCCGCGUUACUAUGACGACAGGACGCGACCAUGAGCCCAGUAGUUUCUUACUGCCUGUAAAAGACAGAAACUGGAGAAUUAUUGGAGAAUUGUAAACUGCUAAACUGAAUGUGGUGGAGUUUAAGAGAAAAAAGAAGACGGAAAAUGUCCUCGACUCACUUACACUCACAGAGACCGAAACGCACUAUGGCACAGAAGUCAAUGAAAAAUCCCAGAAGUCGGUCCCGAUUUUCUGUCAAAACUUCUGAAAACUACAUAGAGAGGAUGCCACCUGAGGUCAUCCUGAAGAUUCUCUCUUAUUUGGAUGCAGGGUCGCUCUUCUGCUUCGGCUUUGUCAACAAGCGCUUUCAGGAGCUGGCCAACAACAAUGCUAUGUGGUAUCGGUUUUAUGCUGGCCAGCAAGCGAAAAAGAAGAAUCCCCGGCUAAUAGAUGAGGUGACAGAUGGCCUGAGUGUGGUUGGCAUACAAGAAAGGCCUGAGGGAUACUGGAGGAAACAGUUCUUCAAAGAACUGGCCGGGUACAAUGCAAACUGGAAGAAGAAGCUUAAAGCCAUCCACCUGUACACAGGCCUGCCAAGCCAAACGGCGCAAAUACUCAGGAGUCUGCGUGUUAGAUGGGCGGUCACGCUGACGGAUGGGAAAGGACGGGAGAGCACCUCUGAGCAGACUCAUGUCCACUUCACCGAUGCGGCUGUCACUGUUAGCUGGAGUGCAGGCGACUGGCCGUUUAUUGACCAGCUCACUGUGCUGAAGCUGCAUGGAGUGGUGCGAGUGCCCCUUCAGUGUCCAGAUGAGUACAAGCCGGGCUGGAAGUCCCUCCUGACAAAAGUGAAGUUAAAUAAGGACGUGUGGAAGCUGUGUGGUUCAGACAGGCUGGUUAAGUUACUGUAUACAGAGCAGGGCAUCACUGUAGGGGUCUGGCAGGAGCAGAGGGAAAUUGCAUUCAUCAUGGUGAACUUACAUUAUCACCAACUUGUGGAAAGAAGUCUCCUGGGGUCGUGCGUUGUCCAGUAUCAGCCAGCAGAGCACACGGCUGCUUUUGAUGAUGUGGACCCCGAGUACGGUCUCCAUGGAUACGCUGCUCAUAUCGAGCUGCACAGUACAGCAGGGAGCAUCGCAUCUGGACGCUUUAGCCAGCUGUUCUGCACGAAAGAUCAGAUUUCUGAUGGGCAUUUACAGCUGAAAGUGAUCAGCAAAAGCAACAGAUCCCAACAUGCUCCUCUGUGUGGAAGCAUCAGUCUGCCCUGGCGCACUGAUGCCCUGCAGGGACAGAUAGAGGGUUGCUGCAUGCUGACUCUCACUGUUUUUGAUGAAGCCCAGAUUCCUUUUUGGUGUGUCAGUGCUCCUGUAGCCAUGACUACAUCAGAGCAGGCCGAGGUCUCAUAUGACUGUACUGGAGAGAGUUUCUUUGUGCGGUAUGAGGACGCAGAGGGGAAGGUGGAGAUCGAGCUGCGCUGGAUGGAGGAUCACAAACAGUACUUUAUGGUCAGUCUGAUCAUUUUCCUCUCCAUUAGCAAAGUGAAUAAGCACUUUGGGAGAGAUUACUUACCCCAGUGAACAUUUACAGGCUACACAAUGUUCUGUGUUAAAAGCAUUAUUUUGUGAAUUUAAGCUGGAUUCUCAUUAUAAUGGGUUCAUCAUUCAGUAUUAUUUCACUGUGGAAUGGACUGAAUCGAUUGGGAAUGUUGAUUCAAGGUUCAUGCUACAUUUUUACCAGCAGUCUGUGAAGUUUGUCCAGCCUAGCAACAGUUGCUACAUGAGAAUGCAUUUGUAGAUGGAGCCUAGAUGGGACAAUUUGUGUUUGUUUGUGGUGUAAAUAAUGUGUUGUUGUAUCAUAACUAUACACAUAUUUAUAUUUUGCUUUUUCUAUGUUUAAAGGAAGUUGUUUGCUUGUAUUUGUUAGGAGCAAAUAAAAGAAAAUAUUCUUCACUUUCAUUAUUUGUGAAUAAAAUUAGUAUU